AUGGAGCAGCAAGCUUCACAACCUGGGCAAUUUUUUGCGGCGGUGACUACUUGGGUUGAACCAAAAUCUUACUCUGAAGCGGUUAAACAUCCAGGAUGGUGUAAGGCCAUGAAAGAAGAAUUUGAUGCUCUUGAACGACAAGGCACAUGGACGUUGGAAUCUUUGCCUCCCGGAAAGGUCGCACUUGGUAGCAUGUGGGUGUAUAAGGCUAAGCUCAAACAAGACGGGUGUCUUGAGAGAUUGAAGGGGAGGCUUGUUGUUUUUGGCAGCAGACAAUUGCCUGGUAUUGAUUUUAAUGAAACAUUUGCUCCCGUUGCAAAAAUGGUGACAGUACGCAUGUUUUUAGCAGUUGUUAUAACUUGA